UAUCCAUUAUCUUCCAAAGUCAAGAUUUCAAGAGUUGCCCAUUCAAUGGACCCCCACCACCCCCCUCUAUAUCAACCCGUGGAUCCACCGCCGGAGCCAACCUCCGACACCAUGGCUACCGAAAUUCCACCGGAACCUUCAAACUCCGGCGGCGUUAUGAAGAAUAAACCGAAGAAGAAGAAAAAGAAGAAUAUACUGUGCGUCAAUGACCCUUUUGACCCUCAAUCUUCUUCCGCUGCCUCCUAUGCCUCAUCGUCUUGUUCUACGACGUCGUUUGCUCAAAGGGGUAUUAGGGUUUCGGCAAGUCGUCGGAACCCUAGAGUGGUAAUUGGGUCCGUUGGCAGACAGAAAAGUGAUGAGAAUGUUGAAGCCCUUGCUCUCCCUCUUGGCAUGUCUAUUGCUGCUGUUCUUGCUCAGUUCUGUUGCCAUGUGGCUCCAUCGACUUGUCCCAUCGUAAUGACAUGGCAUCCAUGCUUAGAAUGUCUACUCAACUGUGUUUUGGAAAGGAAAGACGCUGCCGGAGAAAAGAUAUCUGUGGAUCACCUCUCAGAGAUUUGUACUUUGGCUGUCCGAGAGUCUUUGGCCAAUGUCUUUGGUGACCAGUUUGAGUCUUUCGUGAGGAAUUUUGAGAAAUCAUUUCGUAGUACAUUGAUGACUCUCAGAUUAAUCAGUGAAUCCUCUAUGAACGAUGGAGUACAGAAAAAUCGUUGUGCAGCGAGGACUUCCGUCUCAGAAAGAUCUGUGCCUUUGGUUUCCAACAGACUAGAAAAUCUUACAUGUGAUCCUGACUUCAGCAAGUUUCAAUCAGAACCAUGUCAGCAGAGUGCCAUAUCAGAUAACGAACUGAGAAAUCAAGAAGAGAGAAGUGAAGAUACAUGUCUUGAAUCAAUAGGUCGGCAGCUCACCCUCUAUGAUAGGCAAGUAAGGCAGCAAUUGGCUUCUGUUUCUUCAAGCAUGAUUUCAUCCAAUACAGAGAUCAAUCGAUCUGUGAGUAGCACUUUGGAAAGAUCUGUCAUGGAGCAAGCUAGGUCGAAUGACCUCAAGACAUUUGAGAUUGGUCUUACAAUGAGGAAGUUGCAACUUAAAGAAAGGCAGCUGUCUCUCAGUUCUGAUGCGAACCUUUUGGAGAGGGUCAAACUUUCAUUUGGGAUCUCUAAGACGUCCUUCAAAGCUGAAAAGUUUAAAAAUCAAGUAGAAGACUCAAAACAUGCUGAGUUGCUUAAAACAUGUAUAGACUGCCUUGUUGCUGGUUUAUUUAUCAUGUUGGCGUGUCUUGGAUAUGGAACUUAUGUUUUCUCUCACAAAAGAAUUACUGAAGCUACAGCAUCCUGCACCCCUGCCAUGGAGUACAAGUCGUCUUGGUGGAUGCCCAAAUCAAUGUCAACCUUUAAUUCAGGACUGCAACUUCUACGGUGUCAAGUUCAAGUUCUCAGUCGCAUGCUAUUUGGUGCGCUCAUGAUAUUGGUUAUAGCUUAUUUACUUCUCCAACGCUCUGCAAUUUCAAACCAGACGAUGCCAGUUACUUUCAUUCUGUUGCUGUUGGGAGUUGGUUGCGGUUUUGCAGGGAAAUUUUGUAUCGACACCCUGGGGGGCAGUGGAUAUAAUUGGUUAAUUUAUUGGGAGACUUUAUGCUUGCUGCAUUUCUUUUCGAAUGUCUGUAUCUCGACUUUGUUCCUGAUCCUUAACGGGCCUGUCACGGUGUCAGAAAAGAGCACGAGGGAUACAAGAUUUCCAUACUGGAUGAGGAGAUCUGUGUUUUAUACCACAUUACUUCUUUUUCUCCCAUUAUUAUGUGGUAUGAUGCCUUUUGCUGGCCCUGGUGAGUGGAAGGAUCACUUUUCUUCGCUGAUUUUGGACGCUUUUAUAACACCAGUUGAAUACUAAAAGGGAGAGAUUUCAAGCUUGUCGAGGAAUUUUAGCUUAGAGUAUCCGGCGCAAGGGUUUAUUAGUUUCUGUUUACAUGUAAAUUUUCUCUAUCAGUAGGAGCUUGCUGGUGAUUAUAGGCUUAUAGCCCUAUUGGAUGAAACACUGUUUUGGUCUUUCGCCCUGUCAAGGAACUUUAGCUUUGUAUCGUUAAUUAGUAGAAGACGAGCGUGAAGUUUCAGGCUUGAGGGUGAUUAGGUUUAUUAAAUUUAAAUGUAAAAUUAUUUGUAUCAUUAUGGAAGAGCAAGAUGAGGCCUUGUAUCAUUAGUUUUCCUUUAUUUUUGGUUUAUAAGUGGGAGAAAGCAGGUUGAGUCUUGUAACAUCACCUUGUGAAAAUGCAGGAUACAGUAGUGCCAAAGAGCAUUCCUUCUAUUUAUUUAAAUUAAAGAAGUAUUGGUUUGUAGAUUGUGUCGUCUACUGGUACCAAUGUUCUAUGAUCUGUUUAUAUGCUUC